ACUGACUCUAGAGAUGAAGAGAAGAACAAGAAACCAGGAACACCAGGAACACCAGGUUCUUAUGACCUGGAAAAAGCCCUUCGAAGGUUGUCCCUUCGAAGGGAGAAUUACCUGUCAGAAAGGAGGUUUUUUGAAGAAGAACAGGAAAGAAAGUUGAGAGAAUUGGCAGAGAAGGGGGAGCUUCAUAGUGGUUCCAUUACUCCAACAGAGAGUAUUAUGUCAUUUAGAACACACUCCGGGUUUUCUGAAUUUACUGGCUAUUCAGGAAUAUCUGUCAGCAGUCGUUCAUACCUCCCAGAGAAGCUUCAGAUUGUGAAGCCCUUAGAAGGUUCUGCCACACUGCAUCAUUGGCAACAGCUUGCUCAGCCUCAUCUAGGAGGCAUCCUAGACCCAAGGCCUGGGGUUCUUACUAAGGGCUUCCGCACUCUGGAUCUUGAUCUGGAUGAAGUGUAUUGCCUUAAUGAUUUUGAAGAAGAUGAGUCAGGUGAAAUUACAUACAAAGGCUUAACUACCUCAACACCGAUUCAGCACACAGAGACCUCAGUACAUCAUCCUGGGAAGUGCAUGUCACAAACCAAUUCCACAUUUACCUUUACUACUUGCCGUAUUCUACAUCCUUCCAACGAUCUCACACGAGUUACACCAAG